UCCCCUGUGAAUCAAAGUCACACACUCGGGGUUUUCGGACUUUCAGGUUUCGUUUGCAGGAUGUCGUCGAGUGAGUCUAGCUGGUUGGAUAUCAUCGGACUAGGGAUGAAGUUCGUCAUCUCCACGGUGGCCUCCAAAUUCCCGGCUGUUCAGAACGUCGACACCAAACAGCUAGCUGAGUGGCUAAACAGCAGCGACAGAGAUGUCGCUUUACUCGACUGCCGGGACCCGAGGGAGUACGAGGUGAGUUACAUGCCGGGGUCUGUCAGGGUGGAGUGGAAGAGGGAGGACGUGGACCAGCUAGUCGAGUCACUUCCUGUCAUGAACAGAGAAGGUCCGGCCAAGAAAACGAUUGUUUGCUACUGUUCCCUCGGCUACCGAUCCUCCGCCUUGGCAAACAAAAUACAAAAUCAUCUGAAGAAAUCAGACAAUCCAAAGAAAGUUGAAGUGUAUAAUCUUGCGGGGUCGAUAUUUAAAUGGGCCAACGAAGGACGGCCACUACUGAAUAGUGAAGGGCAGAAGACUAAAUUGUGUCAUCCGUACACGCCUAUGUGGAGCAGGCUUUUAAACAAAGAACUUCACCAAUGGUGAAAUAGGCUGUGACAUUCACAUACACAUAUAUACCACACGUUUACUCAUGAUAGACAGACACGCAUGAUGAUACACGCACACUUGACACACAUACACACAUACACACACAUAUAUAUAUAUAUAGAGAGAGAGAGAGAGAGAGAGAGAGAGAGAGAGAGAGAGAGA